CUGAACAUCGAGCCCCUUGGCCGACCAGGCGACCCGGUGCGUACUGCGAGGUGCCCCCCAAGGCCUGCCGCUGGCGUUCUUCCUGUCUCUGGGGAGGAGCUGCAGCAGGGACGGGAUCCGGAGCCUCCUCACGAGCGACGAGUCCGUGGCCGACGCCCUGGCAGAGUGCAUCUGGGAGGGGCUGCGCGGGCUGAGCCAGGCUGCCCGGCCGACCGCGAGCGGCUUGCAGGCGAAGUUUGCAGACGACGCGGGGUUCGAGCUCUUCUUCGCGGACCUGUCCAAGUUCUUCGCUGGCCUGGAGGGGAUGGUCGGGAGCCCCGAAGCCAACCCCGUCCCCGCCAUAGAGCGCGAGCAUUGUCUCCACGAGGAUUCCCACGUGCCGUUCACGACGAGCAACUACGGCGUGACGACCACUUCCGCCGUGGAGUGGGCGUUCGUGUACCUGCAUCAGCCCCAGCCGCCAGUCGAGAUCGUUCUGCAAUCGGGGGACAGGGUGUCGUUGGACCUCCCUGGGGACUGGCCACACGAGAAGCCCGACAAGUGCAAGAACCCACGAGCGCCGCUCACCCCAGAAGAUAAUCAAACGAUGUUCGAAGGGGUGAACGGAGAGCUCCAGAAGAUACGCGAGGUGCCCUUGAUUUGGGCCGAGUUCUAUGCCGCUCGCUUGUAUACCGGACCCAUGUUCCAGAAGUACAACGCCGUCCUGCGAGGAGGCGCGUUGAACAUGCAGCAGCCGACCAAGAUGGUGAGCGAGUUCGCCAAUUUGUGCUGCUCCAACCGCUAUGUGACGACGAUCCACGCGAUCAGUUCCGCGGUCGUGAAGCUCGGCAAGAGGACACGGACGACGGCGGUCUUCCGGGGCUUCAAGGACGGCAGGUUGCCGGACUCCUUCACCACACCCAACGCGGACGGGGUGUGCGGCGGCAUAGAGUGCGGCUUCCUGAGCACCACUACGAACAGGGCCGUGGCCACCAGCUACGCGGGCACUGGAGUGGCCACCGUCCUGCAGAUGGAGAUGGGAAUGGUGGACAGGGGUGCCGACCUGAGCGAUCUCUCCCAGUACCCUGGAGAGGCCGAGGUGCUAUUCGGGCCCCUGACCAGCCUGCAGGCGAUGGCCACCACGGUGCAGGGCUCGACGCUCGUUGUGCACGUGCGCCCCAACAUCAACCUCACGAACACGACCAUGGACCGUGUUCUGGCGAAGAGGAGGGUGCUGAUCGAGGGCAUGUGCGAGGGCCUGACGAGAGAAUGCCAGCGCUUCCUGAGCGAGGCGAACGGCUUGUGGAGGAUGGUGUUGGACGGCUCGCUGUUCCGCUUGUACGAGUCCUUCGAACACGUCAGCCCUGAGAUCAGGGAGGCGGCGCUGAGCGCAGCGCAGGUCACGCCACAGGAGGGGAGCCUCGUCCUCUCCACCAUCCAGCGUCAGCUCCCGGACAUGUUCAGGGCAGUGUACCAGUACCCCGACGAGGAGUUCACCAUCGACGACGUCUUCAAGGAGCGCGUGGCCGAGGCCCUGAGGGUGAAGGAGAGCAUCCGCCACGCCCGCGGCAGGGUGCUCCAGCGCGCCGCCGGGGAGCUGGAGGGCGCGGGCACCGCCGCAGAGGGAGCGGCUGCGCAGCGGGCCCGCCGCAUGGCCCUGGCCCUGGAGCAGGGCGAGCACGUCGGGGCGCAGGUCGAGGUGGCCUUCCCGGAGUGCGAGGACCUCUACUUCCACAGGUGCAAGGGGUCCUACGACGGCUGGCUGGCGGAGCUCGGCCUGCGGUGCCAGGACGGCAGCCUCGCCACGACGGGCUCGGGCCGGCUGCGCGAGCGGCAGGCGGAGAUCCGGGAGGGGGCGCGGCUCCAGGUCGUUGCCUCCCCGCGGGGCCACACCGCCCGGAGGAGCGUGAGCACUGCCGGGGAGCUGCUGAAGACGGUCCAGGAGUUCGGAGAGGCCAGCCUCUUCUUCGAGCGCACCAGGACACAGGCAGAGGCGGCAUGCGAGCUCAGGGCGCUGCUGAGGUCGAAGGGGCGCCUGCUGCAGCGGGACGCCCUGGGGCGUCUGGUGGUGCGCUUCCUGGGGAUCAGCAGGUCGCUCGCGCUGGACCUGCAGCAGGACGUCUGCGGGCACCUGGACAGCUGCGCAGGCGAGGUGAUCGGAGCCGCGAUUGCGCAGCUCAGCCGCCUGGACGGCAUACGCCUGGACAACCAGCAGAGCCUCGGCGACAUCGGCUCCGCUGCGCUGGCUCGCGGGCUGCGGCUAGGCGGUCCAGGCCUCAAUCUGCGGUGGCUUAGCCUCGCGGGCUGCAACCUCGGGCCCAGCGCUGCGCGGGCGCUGGCCGGCGUGCUGGGGCAGUUGCGCACCCUGGAGGAGCUGAAUUUCGACGGCAAUCCUGGCCUCGGCGACGGUGGGGGCGCAUCGCUCGCCGCCGGGCUGGCCCAGUUGGGCCCCCAGGCGAGGUUGCGGGAGCUGUUCCUCUCGAGCUGCGGCCUGGGCCCAGCUGCGGCGGGCGAGCUGGGGGGGGCCCUGGCGCAGCUCCACUGCCUGGUCGAGCUGCAGCUCCACUCCAACCCAGACAUCGGCGACGCUGGCGGCGUGAAGCUGGCUGCUGGGCUGGCGAGCGCGGGCGCCAUCAGGAAGCUGGACCUCCAGGACUGCGGCUUCGGCCCCCGCACGGGGGAGGCGCUGGGGCAGGCGUUCAGGCAGCUCCGCAGCCUAGACUGGCUGCGCCUCCACGACAACGUGGGCCUCGGCGACGUCGGCUGCGCGGGCAUCGUGGCCGGGCUCGCGGGGCAGUGCGCGCACCUGCGGAGGCUGGGCAUGCCGAACUGCGGCAUCGGCCCCGGCGCCGCUCGCGAGCUGGGGCGCGUGCUGCGGCAGCUGCGCAGCAUGGACUGGCUCCGGAUCCACCACAACCCUGGCCUCGGGGACGCAGGAGGGGUGGCUCUCGCCGCCGGGCUGGCGGACCUCGGCUCCGCUGUCGGGGCAGUCCGCUCGCGGGCCGGCACCAAGGACAGCGCGCCACCUCCGCCGGAGCACGGGCAGCGGCCCGACGACGCACCCGGGCCGCGGCGCGACUCGGCGCAGAGACUGCGGAGCUUUGCCCGCAUCUCCGGGCGAGGCCUCCACGAUUGCGCCGGCCCGGGCGGCGGCGGCGGGCGGUUGCGGAUGUUGGACCUCAACAGCUGCGGCCUGGGCCUCGGUUCGGCGCGGGCACUGGCGGACGCGCUGGGGAGGUUGCUCGGCCUCGAGGAGCUGCGCAUCCACGACAACCCGGGCUUCGGCGACGCUGGCGGCGUGGCGAUUGCUGGCGGCCUCGCAGCGCUCGGUUUGGCCGAGGGGGCCAGCUCGGGCCCCCAGGCAUGGCUGUGGCAGCUGAACCUCGGCAACUGCGGCCUGGGCGCCGACGCGGCGGUGGCGUUAGCGAGCGCCCUGUCGCAGUUGCGCGCGCUGCGGCUGCUGGAGGUGCAGGACAACACGGCCCUGGCCGACGGCGGGUGCGCACAGGUGUUGAGCGGCGCGCGCGCCUUCGCCAGCGGUCGCGAGAGCGAGGUCGAGAAGGUGAGGCUCGACGGCUGCGGAGCGGGCGAGGAGGCCCUGGAGAUUCUCGGGCAGUUCCCGAAGGUGCUCCAGGAGAAGAUACAGUUGUGACCGAGAAUCGCUCGACGCCGGCGGCGGGCCGAAAGCCUGUGCUCCAGCUGCGCUGGGCGCCCCGCGAUGUCCGGCACCGAGAGGAGGGAUCGGCGGCGAAAGCCGCACCCGACCCUCGUCGGCCAGCGAUUCAGGCAACCCGGGUGGGACGUAGCGACGAUGCCGCCCGCGAUGCGCCCUGGUCCAGAGGCGGUAAUUCCUGGAAGGGGGCCAGCAAAACACAAAAUUACGCCCCAGUCCAGGGCAGACGCCAGUCCAUGGCGACACCCUCGCCCUUUAGCGCAGCCCAAGAUGUGACCGAAGGGGUGGUGGGCCCCGCCUAGCGUUGAAAGUCCAGGGUUCGCUAGGGACCAGUCGCCUCUCAAAACAGCCGAAAC